AGUGGGCGUGGUCCAUCAAUUUAAGGGCGUGGCUCAAUUAAUAAUUAAUUCAUUUAAUUGUCUACAUUAUUAACAAUGGCGACCAAUGGUAACCAAAGGAAUGUGUCUGUACUAGUGAAGACUGCGAAUGGCUCUGUGGAAGAUUUGAGCAUCGAGUGUGAGAGGAAGUGGUGCUUGUUUGAUCUGAAGGUCCAUCUAUCCAAUAUCCAUCCGUCUCACCCGCCUGUUAGGAGUCAGAAGCUGAUCCACAGUGGGAGGAUUGUUCCUGAUGAAACCCCCAUCACUGACCUGGAGUCCUCGUCUGGUAUAACGCUACACCUGGUCGUAUCUCCAUCAAGAUCAAACUCUCUCCCUGUCACUAAUAGCCACAGUGCUCCUCCUCAACCAGUCGUGAGAGAGAGGGCAAGGCCUCGACCAGUAGCCACUCCAUCUGCUACCAGUAAUGGAGAACAGGUCAAUAAUAAUAAUACCGGUAGUGGAGAGAGUACUAGUAGUACUCAUCAGAGACAUACUACGACGAUACCUGGAUACGGUGCCCCAGUCCCUCCUCAGUUCCCUCAGGGCUGGCCCCACCCCUAUAUGAUGUCCCCUUACUAUGCUGCUCAGAUGACUCAGUGGUACCAGAUGAUGUAUAACAAUCCUAACUGGCAAAUCCCACCCCAGACUCAUCAACAUCCCAACCCGGACAAUCCUGUGGGCGGGGCAGGAGGCGUGGCUCCGGCUCCGCCCGAACCAGAGGCUGAUCAAGAUAAUGAUGACAUAGCUAUGAACGCUGGUGGCGGAAUGAUGGGUGGGCUGAUGGCUGACAACAGGCAGAGGAGGGAUCUCGUGGAUUAUGCCUACAUGCUAUUGAUGCUGUUUUUCCUUGGUACUAUGGGAUACCUCUCUGGUUCCAUAUACCAGUUUGCUAUAUUUGGUGUGGGUGUGGCCCUAAUAUUAAUGAAUCAGGGUGGCUGGUUCAGACUACAAAGAAGACAAUUAAACCAGAAUCCUCCCCCUCCUCCUCCUCCUUCUCCUGUACAGCCGGAUCCUCCCAGAAGGGAAGAUAAUGAAGCACCAGUUGAUGAUAAUGAUAGAGGAGACCCACCUCAAGAACAGCAAGAGGCUCCUCCUCCUGAGGAAGAGAGAAGAGGGUUCUUUGGUACUCUUGUGACACUCAUAACAUCUUUUUUCACAUCUCUUGUACCACAGCAGCUUCCUGAAUUAGCUAAUGACUAGUCAUGGCAGUUGUUACAAAUAAUUAUAUAAUCAGUAUUAAAUUGUUAUUUGUUAUGUUAUUAAUUAUAUAUCUAGUUCAUCUUGUAGAUAAGCCGUUCAUUCAUCAGUUCCCUUUGUUUAUUUAUUAUGAA